AUGCUGCUGCCUAGCACGCAGCUGCUUCGCCGGCCUCUCUACUGCGUCCGAGCUUUGGGCCGCUUGCCCUCACGUUCCCUCAUGAACCUCCGGGACGUCGUUUCUGCCCUGAACGACUUUGCAUCCCUCUCUCUGGCGGAAAGCUGGGACAAUGUCGGGUUGCUGGUGGAACCAAGUCCUCCUCACACUGUGAACACCCUUUUCCUCACCAAUGAUCUGACUGAGGAGGUGAUGGAAGAGGCAGUGCAGAAGAAGGCAGACCUUAUUCUUUCUUACCACCCUCCUAUAUUCACACCACUCAAGCGAGUAACGUGCAGGACCUGGAAGGAAAGGCUGGUGGUCCAAGCCCUGGAGCACAGAAUCGGGAUUUACUCUCCCCAUACGGCAUAUGAUGCUAUACCUCAUGGAGUCAAUAACUGGCUAACAAAGGGACUCGGUGCCUGCACUUCUGUCCCACUGCGUCCAUCAACUGCACCAGGCUAUCCAGCUGAGGGCACUCACCGGGUAGAAUUCUGCACAGACAACACUGAGCAUCUGGACACGGUUCUGUCCAAAAUCAAAGACAUCCAGGAGAUCUCCUGCCUCACUACUUUCCCUGCCAGGGUUGAAGGUGAGGAGCAAACACGAGUCAGUUUGAACUGCUCUCAGAAAGCACUGUUGGAGGUGGUUGCAUUACUGUCCCAGAACAGCCUUCUUUAUCACAAGACCGAGAUUCUCUUAUUACAAAAGCCUCUUCUUCCCCACACUGGAAUGGGACGUCUGUGCACACUGAGCGAGCCAGUCUCCUUGUCAGACAUAAUUGAGCGUAUAAAAAGCCACCUAAAAUUACCCCACAUCCGCUUAGCCAUGGGAAUGGGCAAGACACUAGAAUCGCCAGUGAAGAAAGCUGCUCUGUGCGCUGGUUCUGGCAGCAGUGUCCUGAAGGGAAUGGAAGCUGACCUCUAUCUCACAGGAGAGAUGUCCCACCAUGACAUUCUGGAUGCAGUUGCCAAUGGGAUAAGCGUUAUCCUGUGUGAGCACAGUAACACUGAGCGAGGCUUCUUGUCAGAGCUGCGCGACAUGCUUGCUAUCCAGCUACAGAACAGAAUCAACAUAAUUGUGUCCGAGAAAGAUAGAGAUCCUCUCCAGGUGGCAUAGGAAAAAAAACAGGAGUGAUAGAAUUCAGUCAGGAGUCUCCUGGUAUCAUGCACAGACCAAUCCAACUGCAAGCUCAAUGAAGAUGCUCUGAAUUGAUUCAGUUCAGAAUUAAUAUAUGUUCCCUCAAAGUCUGGGAUGUAUUUUGUCAUCUGUCAGAUAAAUAAAUGCUUGUUUUGGGCUACAGAAGGCUGAUUUAUCCAAUUACUGGGCUGCACUUGAAUAUACUUACUGCAUACUCUUAUGAAAUUAUAACCAUGAUACUCAAGGGUUGGUUUGGGUAAAAUAUCAAAACCUGACUUAUCUCCAGUUUUGAGCUUACCCAGUUAUGUUGAAUGAUGUCAGUGCAGGUCACUGAUAUUUUAGCUAAUAAAUGUCCUGACAGAAGUUAAUGAAAGGGUGUGGAUCACCCACCCAUUUGCAUUAACAGUUUUGUUAAGCCACAACUGCCAUGCAAACACAGAACACAAUUCAGGUAUUUGGCUAGUAUGCAAUUGCACAUUCUACCAUUAAUGCAGCUUUAAGACUUUUAAAUAGAGGGACUUAAAAUUAGAAAAACCUCAGGUUAAAACUCAAAUUAAUUUACAGCUUUGUUAAUGAAUUAUGUACCUUUGUUAGUUGCUUUUAAAAACGGUUUCUGUAUCUAUGACUCCUUGUUACUAAACUUAAUUACAGGAUUACUAAAAUGGAACAAAGUAACAUUUUCACCACUGACAAUGCUUGGGUUUUAUUUUUAAGGUAGCUUUUUUUGUGUGUGGUUUUUUCUUUGUGUUUUGUUUUUUUUUAAGAAAAAUCUUCCAGUUGCAUACCUUACCAUCUCUCGAUUAUGUGCACACCAGAAUAAUAUUUAAACAAAAAUAAAAUAUUACAAUUGCAAA